AGCCAUUUUGGCUCAAGCCAUUUUGGCUCAAGCUGGCUCUUCGUGUCUGCUCGGUACCGUUUCUUGUACUUGCAGUCGGGCGCUUGGGCAUGGCGGCGGUCUCGCUCUGCCAGUCUGUGGCGAGUAUUGUGUGCGGCCAGCCGUCCGCCGCGCACGUCCUUGCUGUGGCGCUUGGUGCUGCAGCGGGCGGCGCAUCGCGCCAAACGGCGGCGGCGAUGGUGUCUGCCGCUAUCCGGACAUCCUGCGACGGCGUCGACGGCGUCCAGCAGGAGGUCGCAGCCAGGCUGGCCAUGGUGGAGCCAGCCCUCACGGAGCUGGUUAAGGCGGGACCCACAGGGGAGGCCGAGAUCAGCGGGGACAUGAAGGCCAUGCGCAACGCCGGCCUACACGUAGACAUGGGCUGCGGCGCAGAUGACCUCCCGCAGACGGGCCGCGAGGCCAAGCGGAGGCAGCGCGGCGGCCGCAAGGCCAAGGAGAGCCUCAAGAUUGACGGGUCGCAGUGCUACAAGGGCGCCGAUGCGGGCCCCGCCCCCCCCAGCGAGGACAAGGUCAAGGGCGGCGCCGGAGGGGAGGGGUGGGGGCCGCGGCCCGAGGAAGCAGACCUGUCGGAGACGGUGGACGACAUGACGGAUCUGGCGAGCGAGACUGUGAGCUCGUCGGAGAUCGGCAUGGCGCUGGAGGAGCAUGUCAAGUGCGCCUCCGACUGCAAGACCAUCGACACUAAGGGGAUGGUGUCGGUCAUGAGCUACGGGGACGCGCUGGACGAAGUGGACGACACGCAGUACUUGCCGAAGCCUGUGGCGGAGCAGAUCGGGGAGGAGACGCUGGAGGACAUCGACCUCGUCCCCAGCGGCACGGCCACCGAGGGGAAAGUGCUGGUCGCCGACAUCAGCAACGGAGACACCGAGGGCGAGGAUGACCUGGGCCUUCGCAAAGCCAAGCACGAGUGGGAGCUGCAGAGGGCGUCGGUCUUCGCUGGCGUCUCGAACGAGGAGCUGUACGAGACGUUCCUCGACUGGAGGGACCAGCACAAGUCCAUCAAUAUGGAAGAGCUGGUCAAAAGCGGCCUCGCACUCGCGGAGUUCUCUCGGAAGCUCAAGGAGUGGGAGGACAACUUCAAGGUGGAAGUCUGGGGUGCCACGUGAGUCCUCGGCCAGCGCGAGGGGCGCGGUCGCGGGCUGCGAAGUCGUGGACCCCUUUGCCCCUGGGCUGGGCUGCGCGUGGUGCGAAGAUAACUGCGCGUCCCCUGGGGGCUGUUCCUGGGCGCCGUUGGGCGCAGUGCAAGCACUAUUUUGAUGGCGCGGAGGCUCGUGCCCUCCUGCGGCCCGCCUGUAGUGCAGAGGGGAAGGGACAUUGGUCCCCAGUGGCGAUAUCCUGGCGAUCUCCUCCUCCUCCUCCUCCUCCUCCUCCUCCUCCUCCUCCUCCUCCUCCUCCUCCUCCUCUGACCCCGGCGGGCGGCGCGCGGCCUGGAGCGCGGGCGCGCCGCCGCACCUCCGUGGCCUGUGUGCGCAGACCUCGCAGGCAGUCCGAGGAGGAAAAUGUGCCCAUGCCUUCCGAAG